AUAAACCGAGCACUGAACACUUUUCAGUGGUUUAUGCGGGUCGUCGGUCGCUUCGACUGAUAACAUUUUUGAAUAUUUUAUGUGGAACGCAUUACUUUUUGACUUUAUUUAAUCUUUUUUUUAUGUCGGAAAUGUCAGAGUUGUGAAUAAAAUGUUGACUCAAAAUUAGUGAAUGUUCUAGAAACAACAAUGAUACUAAUUAUAGAAUUGAUUAUUAUUAUUCUUCGUAAAUUUCAGCAUUUAUUUCUUGCUCAUUUUAAAAUUAUGCAAUUUUUCUUAUUUUCUGUGUAUAUUUUUCUAGAACAGCUGUUUAUUUCCUGUGUGUAUUUGCGUUGAAUGUGUUGACCAAUCACCUUUUAAUCUGACUGAUUUUUUGGGAGAAUUUUUUUGCAAAUAACUGAUUACUUGUUUCUCUCUAUAUGGAUUAUAAUACAAUUGUGGUUUGGGAAGAACGGAAUUGAUAUAAAAUUUGAUCGAAUAUGAUAGCAGUGACUGUGAUUUAUUAUCACGAUUGAUGAGUAUUUUGCAAAUGUAGAACAUCACCUGAUUUCAUGAUAAUUCAUCAUUCAAGUACUUGAAGCCUUUUCUAGUCCUUUUACUGGAGCAAAUGACGAUGUGGUGACGCCUUGGGCAACACGUGGAGAAUUCAGAUGUGAAUUCAGCAGAGUGCAACUGAACAGCCAAGUGUUCGAGUUAAUGAUGUUCAUCGGAUAAUUAAUGAAAUGGAUGACAUUAUGGAGAUUACGCUAGUCUCCUAAUGUGACUCACAUUCGAAAAUGAACACUUUUUCCUUCAAUACCACGAGAAAAUAGCUAAAGCAUAAGCAAAUUGGAGUUUUGUAUUUGAGCAAGGUUGUAAAUUGGGUUCUAUAAAUUAGAUCAAAUGCAAUGUGAUCGAAUUUGUCUGUGAAUAAAUAAAUAUUUUAUCACAAUAUUCAUUAGCAAACGCCAUUAGAAAAUUACACCAUUAAAAGAAAAUUCAAAUUGAGUUGAUUCGAUUCACCUGAGUAAAGAAAAUUGGUUGUGUAAUGGGCUGUUUUUAAUGCAUGAUUCUAGCUUUUAUCUUUUAUCGAUGCACUGACAGUAAUAAAAUAAAAUUUCGAGUCCGUAGGACGAGUCAGUUAGUUUUCCUUUGUCUUCGCUUAGUGCUCCAACAUUUGCACUCGAUUUGCAUCAAUUGUCCUUCGGUUUUUAUGUAUUAUCCUUAUUCGGUGUGAAAAUAAACUAGAAUAUCAAGGAAGAUAUAUACAAAAAGGAAGACAUAAACAUUUCGCUUCGCUCCAUAUAGGAAAAUACGACGAUCCAAAAUGAAGUUUAUUCUGGUGCUGUCUUUGUGCAUUUGGGCUGUUUUAUCUAAUCAAUUGGCAGAUUUCCGAGAUAACAAUUAUGGACCAAACGGUCCAGAUAGCCGUGAAGAUGGACGUGAUGGACCUGAUGGACGUGGUGGUCCCGAUGGCCUGGAUGGACAACAUGGUCCUCCAGAUAGAUCUGACAGACUCGAAAGAAUCUAUGGCAAAAACAAACCUGAAAUUAUACCAUUAUUGCACAUCGCGGCCAGAACAGGAGACGUUGAAAAGGUUAAAAAGUUGCUCAUAUCAAAUGUGACUGAUGUGAAUAGCAGGGAUAAAUUGAAAAACACACCACUUCAUGAUGCGGCUAGACUGGGCCACUUCGACGUCGUGAAACUUCUCAUUGAAUGGGGUGCCGACGUAAACGCUGUGAAUGCCGAAGAAAAAGAGAGCGUACUUCAUUUUGCUGUCUCUAGUGGUUCAAUAAAAAUUGUUCGAUAUCUCAUUCAACAUGGAGCCAGGCUGAAUGCUGUGAAUCAAUUAGGCGACAAUGCACUGCAUUUCUCUUCGUCCAGAGGCUACAACAGGAUCGUUAAUUUUCUUAUUUCAAAUGGAACCGAUGUCAAUGCGAAGAAUAAACGCGGCGAAACUCCACUUUUCAUGGCAACUGAACAUGAAUACGUAGAAACAAUGAAAAUUUUGCUCGCAAACGGAGCUGAUGUUGACAUGCGAGAUGAUAAGGGCAGAACACCAUUGCAUAUGAUUAGCGGUCAAAAUGGUGAA